AUGGCCCGAGCCCAGGGCGAGGGAGCGUGUCUCUUUCCUACCCGCUACAGCGAUGCGCCCCUCAGCUGCUGCCCUACGCCCUACGGUGGGCUGCAGCUGCCUGUCUCGGUGGAGGCAGCAAGGCUUCGUGGUCGGAGGGGGGUCAGGGCUGGGGUUCGGGUGGCUGCUGGGGGUCUCUGCGACUGUGUCCGCUGGGUCUCGGUCUCGUUUGCCCCAUGGGCACCGGUCAGAAGGGCUGGCUGGGCAGAGCGCCUUGGCUCGGAGCAAACACACGUCGUCCUGGGCUUUCCUCCUCUGCAGAGCGCUGGCAGCCGAGGAGAGCAAGCCCGGCAGCUGGUCAUCGACCUGGAGACUCGAGGGAAACGGGCUUUUCCUAUAUUCCUCUCGAUCCUGCGGGACACCGGGCAGGGCGAUCUUGCGGACAUGCUGAUCGAGGAGUGCGAAUGCCCGCCGCCACCGCUGCAGCUGGUAGACCUGAGGCCUGUUGAGCUGGACUUACGUGGAGAAAAGCAUAGCAAAAAUGUGAACUUUCCUGAGCGUUUGUCCAUCCCAGUCCAAGCUGAGAGCGAAAGACCUCGAACGCCUCCCGCGCCAGCCCGGGGUUCGGCCGUUGACAAGAGGAACCGUGAUCUGGUUUACGAGCUGAAGGCUGAUCCGUGUGGAUGCUGCCUGAUCCUCAACAACGUCAACUUCAGCAGCGACUCGGCUAUGUCGACUCGAGAAGGCUCCGACGUGGACUGCAAGAAGCUGGAGAAGCGCUUCAAGGCCUUGCGCUUCGACGUCCUGACUCGGCGGGAUCUCAAAGCUCAGGAAAUGGUUUCAGAGCUGCAGAAGCUGGCACGACGGGACCACAGCGCCUUGGACUGCUGCAUCGUGGUGAUCCUUUCCCAUGGUUGUCAGACGAGCCACAUCCAGUUUCCCGGAGGCAUUUACGGCACGGAUGGAAAACCCAUUCCAAUAGAAAAGAUUGUGAACUAUUUCAAUGGGUCCAAUUGCCCGAGUUUGAGAGGAAAACCCAAACUCUUCUUCAUCCAGGCCUGUGGUGGAGAACAACGAGAUCGAGGCUUUGUAGUGGAUUGCGAUUCACCCGGCGACAAAGCUCCUGGAGCUUCUUUAGAGUCGGACGCGACUCCUCUUCAGACUCCGUUGGGUAACGUGGACGAGCCGGAUGCCAUAGCCAGUUUGCCCACGCCCAGCGACAUCUUGGUCUCCUACUCAACUUUUCCAGGUUUUGUCUCCUGGAGGGAGGCGUCGAGCGGCUCGUGGUACGUGGAAACGCUGGACAGCGUGCUGGAGCAACAUGCCCAUUCGGAAGACCUGCUGAACAUGUUACUGCGGGUGGCGAACGCCGUCUCUGCCAAGGGGAGGUACAAGCAGAUCCCGGGCUGUUUCAACUUUCUCCGUAAAAAAUUCUUCUUCACGUGCAAAUGACGUGUGGGCUCUGAGGUCCCCGCCAAGCGUGAGAGUUACUUCCCCGCAGCCGGAUGAAAUCUGCGCCCGCCGUGACUCGGCGUCGACGCUCCCGAGUCACCUCGAGGAGCCUUUGUCUGUCUGUCGAGGUGGUUGUCUUGAGAAGCGUGAUCUGUGAAUACUGUCCUUGCUGUGAAAUAGAGAUAAGAUGGAGCCUGGCACUGUGCUGAUGGGAAAUGUUAGGGACGGAUGAAGGAAGGCCCUUUGCCGGGGCACAUGCCGGCCCGGAGCCUCUGCGCUCGCAGAGAAAAAACCUAGCUUGCCACGACGCGGCCACGCUUGGCCUCCGAGUACUGUUUUUUUUGGUGAUCGCGAUGUUUGUGUCCUUUGCUGCCUGGAGAACUGAUCAAUGGAAUGAAGGUCUGGCGCUUAAGCAGAAUGGGAUGAUUUUUGCAAUCAAUAUUUCUCGUUUUCAAUAAAAC